AUGGCAUGUUUGGAGCAGGAGAAGAUGGCUCUUUUAGCUUUCAAGGCUUCUGUUCCAUGGACUGAUGAUGAUGAUACUUCUUCCGGCCAUCUCCCAACUUGGGUUGAGGACGAUGAUAAUGAUGAUUGUUGUUCCUGGGAGAGAGUUCAAUGUAAUCUCACCACUGGCACAAUCAUCCAGCUCUCUCUCAAUUAUACCAGAAGUUGGUCAUCAUAUGAUGAUGCACAUCUACCAAAUUGGCUUCUAAAUGCCAGCUUGUUUCUUCCCUUUCAAGAGCUGCAACAUCUUAACUUAUCUGACAACGGGUUUCGAGGUUUGGCAGACAAUGAAGAACUAGCCGGUCUGGAGAAGUUGCAAAUGUUGGAUUUGAGUGGGAAUGGAUUCAAUGGCAGUGUUCAAGUAAUCCAAGGCUUCAAAAGUCUAGAAAUUCUGAAUCUGAGUAAUAAUCAUUUCACCAACACUAUUUUUACCUCCUUGGUUGCCCUCAAAUCCCUCAAGAAUCUGUCUCUCAGUGUUAACAAAUUGGAAGGGAACUUUCCUGCUGAAGAACUUGCCGGUCUGGAGAACUUGCAAAUGUUGGAUUUCUGUUCGAAUAGAUUCAAUGGCAGUGCUCAAGCAAUCCAAGGCCUCAAAAGGUUUAACAAGUUGGAGGAAAUACACUUAGAUGACAACAAUUUUAACACAACGAUUAUACAGUAUAUUGGCCUGCUUGCACCGGUACUUAAGAUAUUGUAUCUCAGUGAAAGUCCAUUUAUGAGUGGAUCAAUUACCAGUGAAGAGUUGGAUACUUUGAGAAACUUGGAGCUAUUAGAUUUAUCUUAUUCUACGCUCAAGAACAAAUUUCUCGAGAACAUGGGGGGAAUGAUUUCUCUCAAGUUCUUAUCAAUUGCUUUCGCUUAUGGACUCAAUGGCACUCAACUACCACAUAAAGGAUUGUGCAAACUAAGGAACCUCCAGGAAUUGGAUCUUAAAGGCAAUGAUUUCGUGGGUAGUGUCAACCAUUGUUUACGAAAUCUCACAUCCCUUCGCGCAUUGGAUCUUUCUCACAAUCAAUUUGAAGGAAUCUUUGAUACAUCAAUCAUUGCUGGCCUCACUUCUCUUGAAUACCUUUCUCUUUCACAUAAUCGCUUCCAAGGUUCAUUUUCAUUUCAUUCCUUCGCUAACCUUUCCAAACUUGAGUCAUUUGAAUGUGAAGAUAACGGGCUAAUAGUUGAGGCCGACGACUAUCCAACCUGGGUUCCAUCCUUCCGAUUGAAGUCUCUUGCCUUAUCAGGCUUCACAUUCAAAAAUGAUGCUUUCCCAAGUUUCCUCUACUACCAACAUGAGUUGAGAGUAGUUCAACUCUCUAACAACAACUUAAGGGGGGAAUUUCCCAUUUGGUUGCUAGAAAACAAUACCAAAUUAGGCUAUCUAAAUCUAACGAAUAACUCCUUUACAGGCCCUCUUGUUCUUCCUUCUCAUCCGUGUUUAAAUUUGUUUAGUUUGAUCCUUUCUAACAAUAACUUUUUUGGUUCAAUCCCAACAAAUAUCGGUGUCAUCUUUCCAAAUUUGAGAAUCUUAAAACUAUCACAAAAUUGUUUUGAAGGAAAAAUUCCUCCAUCAAUCGGUAAUAUGGCUUGGUUACAGGUUCUAGAUCUUUCCAAUAAUAAUUUAUCAGGUCAAAUUCCAGAGCACUUGGUCACGGGAUGCUCCAUGUUAAUGCUUUUCAAGUUGUCGUACAAUAAAUUGUAUGGAAAAAUACUUCCUACAAUUACAAACAUAACUAGUUUAACGUCAUUAUACCUGGAUCACAAUCUCUUUGGUGGAAAUCUUUCAGAUAGCUGGUUGCAUGGUUCCCAGGAAUUAUCUGAUUUAGAUAUCAGUUAUAACAACAUUUCCGGUCCACUACCUAGAUGGUUGGGAAAUUUAUCAUAUCUUCAGUCUCUUGUUAUGCGUAAUAAUCAUCUUGAAGGAUCAAUUCCAAGUGAGUUUUGUCAACUACAUYUGCUCAGAUAUUUGGAUCUCUCUGAAAACGAUAUCCAGGGCUCGGUUCCUUCUUGCUUUAGCCCACAAGGUUUGGAACAUGUGUAUCUUCAGAAAAAUAGGUUGGAAGGACCAAUGCCAAAUGCGUUCUCAAACAUCACUUCCUUGGUGACAUUGGACAUUAGCGAUAACCACAUAAGUGGUGGAAUUCCAGAAUGGAUUGGUGGGCUUUCAUCUCUAAAUGCCCUGCUUUUGAAAGGGAAUCAAUUUGAAGGUCAAAUUCCACUUCAAUUGUGCCAGUUGAAAAAUCUCAACAUAAUGCAAUUCUCUGACAACUUUCUCUCAGACAUCAUAGUGGAAGUAGAAGUGGAAUUCAGAACAAAAUUCCGGUCCGAAACUUACAAGGGUGUUGUUCUUGAGCUCAUGUCUGGAAUUGAUCUCUCUUGCAACAAAUUAGUAGGCAAUAUCCCACCUGAAAUUGGAGAUUUAAGUGAUAUUCGAGCAUUAAACCUGUCGCACAACUAUUUAAAUGGGCAAAUCCCACCAAGCUUUUCAAAUCUGAGAAAAAUAGAGAGUUUGGACCUUUCCUACAACAAUUUGACAGGAAUGAUCCCUCUUCAGAUGAUUGAGCUAAACUCUUUGUCAAUUUUCAAUGUGGCUCAUAACAACCUAUCCGGUAGGACUCCAGAGAGAAAAGGACAAUUUGCAACAUUUGGGGAAACUAGCUAUGAGGGCAACCCUCUUCUUUGUGGAGAACCCUUAAAGAAGAAUAAUUGCACAAAUAGUUCCAAGGCACCACCAUCUAUGCAAAUAACUCCUGAUGAUCCUGAUGACAUGGACAUGAACACCUUUGUUGUAAGCUUUAUAGCUUCUUAUAUAACAGUGUUGUUGGGUAUGGUGAUAGUCUUCUACAUAAACCCCUAUUGGCGACGAGUUUGGUUUUAUCUAAUUGAUGUUUGUAUUACCACUACUUACUACUUUGUUACGGACAAUAUCCACAAAUUUUAACUUAGUGUUGUUUUCAUUUUAGCUUUUUAAAUAUGUAGACAAUAUUUCUGUA